AAUUUACCUUUUUAUUAAUUUUCCCUUACGCAUCGUUUGUCCACUGCUAGGCAGGACCAGCCAACUUCUCUCUCUCUCUUUCUCUCUCUCUCCACCACUACCACCGCCAGGCACCAGCAACCACGCUGACUUCAGAGUCAACCAAAUGUGUAUUUUUGUGUAUGCAAAAAACCAUUAGAGAGACGUGAUUUUGUUUCUAUGCAUUUGAGGAACACCAAGGAUGUCUGGGCGCAGAGAGCUACCUUUGAUGAGACACAGCACAUCUGCGCACUCACUGCGCAAUUCGAGAAUCACUAUCGCAAUAGCUGUUGGGAUUUUCCUUGGAUGUGUCUUCGCCUUCUUUUUCCCUCACGGAUUCUUUCUUUCCAAUCCUAAUUUUCACUCUCCCCACCUCUCCAAUUCCAUUGCCCAGGUGGUAUCAACACCAUGUGAAUCGUCUGAGAGGCUGAACAUGUUGAAAGCAGAUUUUGCAGCAGCAUCAAAGAGGAAUGUCGAUUUGAAGAAACAGGUUAAGGAGCUGACUGAAAAACUUAGAUGGGCUAAACAGGGGAAAGAUCAAGCAGAGGAGCAAGUAGUGGUGUUGGGUGAACAGCAUAAAGCUGGGCCUUUUGGCACCGUUAAGAGUUUGAGAACCAAUCCAACAAUUAUCCCAGAUGAAUCUGUGAAUCCAAGAUUAGCAAAGACACUAGAGAAAGUUGCUGUUCAAAGAGAAAUUAUUGUUGGUUUAGCAAAUUCUAAUGUAAAAGAAAUGCUGGAAGUUUGGUUUAAUAGCAUCAAGAAAGUGGGUAUACCCAAUUAUUUGGUUGUUGCUUUGGAUGAUGAGAUUGCUAACUUUUGUGAAUCAAAUGAUGUUCCUGUGUAUAAGAGAGAUCCAGAUGAGGGAAUUGAUUCAGUAGGAAAGACUGGAGGCAACCAUGCUGUCUCAGCAUUGAAAUUUCGUAUCUUGAGAGAGUUCUUGCAGUUGGGAUAUAGUGUUCUUCUCUCAGAUGUUGAUAUUGUGUAUUUGCAAAACCCUUUUGAUUACCUUUAUCGGGAUUCAGAUGUGGAGUCCAUGACUGAUGGUCAUAACAAUUUAACAGCAUAUGGUUAUGAUGAUGUCUUUGAUGAGCCUCCAAUGGGUUGGGCUCGAUAUGCUCAUACAAUGAGGAUAUGGGUUUACAACUCUGGCUUUUUCUACCUUAGAGCAACAAUUCCUUCAAUCGAGCUUUUGGAUCGUGUAGCCAAUAGGCUCUCUCGUGAGAAGGCCUGGGACCAGGCAGUUUUCAAUGAGGAACUCUUUUUCCCUUCGCAUCCUGGGUAUGAUGGACUUCAUGCUUCCAGGAGAACUAUGGAUUUCUAUCUCUUCAUGAACAGCAAAGUCCUUUUCAAAACUGUGAGGAAAGAUGCUAACUUGAUCAAGCUCAAGCCUGUAAUUGUUCACGUGAAUUACCACCCUGAUAAGCUUCCAAGAAUGAAAGCGAUUGUGGAAUUCUAUGUUAAUGGGAAGCAAGAUGCACUGAAACCUUUCCCCGAUGGGUCGGACUGGUAAAUUUUAGUAUUUUCUUAUUUCAUGGUAGCCUACUUAUUUCCUUCUUAAUUUUCAAAUAUGUUGUAGACUUGUAGUGAAUGAUCCAGACAUAUGGCAAUGCCAAAAUGAAUUUACACCUUCCGAGACAAA